AUGCAGCAACGUCGAGAUGAAAUCCUUGCGAAAAAGGCCAAGCUUGCGGAACUCAAGCGACAGAGAGAAAUUCGAGCCAGCCAGGCCAGUGCUGGCCGCCAAAAUCUAGGCGGCGGUGACUUAAUAUCGCCGACGCCGAGUAGAGCAGACAACCGCCGUGAAAUCGAAUAUCUCAUCAACAGCCUAGUUGGCGAAAGCCGGCCCGGUUCGACAACAACGGGAGGCGCCGCAUCUCCUGGUGGCCCUCGUGCAAGCCGACCAAACAGUGUCCUCAGUGCAGGAGAACUUAGCAACGAGGCAUCCGAGUCCGCAGCAGCUUCAGUUGCCGCUCCUCCUCCGCCACAACUCAGCACAGCACCUCUGACGACAGUGUACGAGUGCCCACCAUCUCCCGUCAAGGAGGUCUUUUCCUACAGCAAAGGCGUUCAGACUUCAGACGAAUGGCCCUCGCCGGCAAGAAACCGGGCGCAGUCAACCGUAUCAGACAGCGAUGAUUUGACGACGGGGACCACCAACUCGCCAAAUAAGAGGCAGAGCAGAAGAGAAAGGGACAGGGAGGAGCAAUUGCGUCAAAAGAUUCGCGAGGAAGUAGAGGCCGAGCUACGAGCAGCGAAAGAGUCCCUCGCAGACGGUACUAGCACAGCGCCCCCAGCGGCGUCCGCCAACUAUCCAUCAAGAGAGUUGACUGCAGAGGAGUUGGAAGCUGUUACGCGGUCUGAGGCAUUUGUUGACUUCCUCGAACAAUCUACCAAGGUUAUCGAACGAGCCAUUGACCACGAAACCUACGAUAUUUUGACAGACUACGCCUUGCAGGGCAAGGAUCAGGAUGACGACGACGAAGAAAGCGGAAACAGUGGUGGCCGUGGCUCCCAUCGGAUAAAGGAAGUGGUUCAGUUCUUUGAUGAUCGAUGGUCCAAAAAGCGCAUGAUUAGCGGCAUCGAUUUCUCUCCGAAAUUUAGUGAGCUCCUGCUCGCGUCGUAUACCAAAAAUCCCACGGCGCCUCACGAACCUGACGGCAUCGUCCAAGUUUGGAACACGCACAUGCAUAACCGUCCCGAGUACGUUUUUACCGCACAGUCUGACAUUCUCACCGCGAAAUUCUCUCCCUAUCACCCAAACUUGAUUAUUGGCGGAUCCUACAGCGGACAAGUACUUCUCUGGGAUACGAGAGCGAAAGCUGCUCCCGUGCAGAAGACCCCGCUAACUGGAUACGGCCACGCGCAUCCUAUUUACUCUGUCGAUAUUGUCGGGACCCAGAAUGCGAACAAUAUCAUUUCCUGCUCAACGGACGGCGUGGUCUGUGGGUGGAGUAUGGAUGUUUUUGCGCAGCCGCAAGAGCUCCUGGAACUGAAAAAUCCUAGCCAGGCCAAAGUGGCUGUAGAGGAUGUCAGCCCAACAUGCGUUUCUUUCCCUCAGACAGACCCUACGUUUUUCUUGGUUGGAAGCGAAGAAGGCACAAUCUUUCCAUGCCACAGAUACGACCGGGCUGGCGCAAAGGCUGGGGUGGACAAGAAAAUUAGCUACAAGGGCCACACAGCCCCCGUCAUGUCUGUUGAUUUCCAUCCAUCACGUGGCCCUAUUGACUUGGGCGACUUGAUUAUUUCAUCCUCGCUUGACUGGAGCGUGAAGCUCUGGAAGGUUCGCGCGCCGGCGGCCACUUCUACAGUUGGGGCGGGGGAUGGCAGUGUUGCACCACUCAUCGAUUUUGUUCGGGAAGAUGUUGUAUAUGAUGCCCGAUGGUCGCCAGUGAAGCCAAGCGUCUUUGCUCUGGUUGAUGGUGCUGGGUGGUUAGAACUCUGGGACAUUGCCGUCGAAACCGAAGAGCCCACUUCACGAAUCUCGCCCAGUCAGCGCCAAGACGGAAGAACGAUGCUCUCCAAGAGCCUGAACAAGCUGGCAUGGGAGCCAAAUGAUGGCAAGAGGCUGGCCACCGGCGGAAUAGAUGGUUCACUGACCGUUUUUGAGGUAGGUAGCGGCUUUGGUGGCAAGGAAGGAUUGAAGAGUGAGGAAUGGACCAGUGUCAAAAAGUUGGUUAAUCGAGUCGAAGCAGUUGGCUUGAAUGGGGCUUUCAUAGUGUAA